GAGAAGCCAAAGCUGGGCCCCAACCCUGACCUGCUGGAUCUGGUCCAGAGCGUGGACAGCAGGAAGAAGCAGAAGGAGCAAGGGGAGCCUGGUGCCGAGGAGGAGCCCUUUGCCCUCGGGGCUGAAGCUGCCAACUUUGUCCCCAACAGCACGGCCAGGGGCGGGCAGCACCUCCCGCCGGCUGACGAUGCUCCGGCGUGGUCCUCCUGCCUCAAGUCCCCCACCAUCCAGCCCAAGCCAAAGCCACAGCCCAGCCACAACCUCAGCGAAGCCAGAGGGAAGGGAGCCGAGCUCUUCGCCCGCCGGCAGUCCAGGAUGGAGAAGUUCAUCAUCGAGGCUCCCUCCCAGCCUGAGCUGCUGCGGUGCCCAUCACCCACCAUGUCCCUGCCUCCCUCCUGGAAGUAUGACACCAACGCUUGCCUGUCACCCAUGGUCUCCAGACACCCCUCCAAGAGUCCCUCCAGGCCCUCCAAAACCCCCCCAGCAUCACUGUACAGCGGCAACCUGAUGGAGAAUGAGGUCUCCCAGAAGGAGCUAGAGAUCUCCAAGCACCAGCCCUACCAGCUCCAGUCUUCACUCUUCAUCCUCUCUCCAUCCAAGGGGCCAGCAAGCCACGCUGGUCCCGGAGCCCCGACCGAGGUGCUGCUGGGGUCCCCGUGCCGCCUGCUGCCGCCCCGAGUGAAGGGGGGCUUCCAGGCACCCCGGCCCUCCUACUCCACCAGGAACGCCGGCAUCGAGCCGCAGGUGUGGAAACCUUCUUUUUACUACAAAUAG